ACAGGACGCCACAAACCCCCCUUUCGCCAUCAAGACUCUUUUUCCCGCCCUGUGUCGCUCCUGCGCAUCUUCCUCCCGCUUCUGGUCCUAGGUCUACUCUGCCCGUCAUGAUGCUGCCUGCAAUGGGCGGUCGGAGCCCGCUCUUUAUGCUCUCCGUGAGCGCUGGCUGUGUGAUAGUUUUUAUCUUUGCUUUCGUGGCAUGGCAGAGCCCACCUCGCAUGGUGUUUACCCACGGUGCGGGCAAUACGGCUAUUGCUGCUGCAAACGCCCAUUCGGAUGUAUCCAUCAGUGAAGUCAUACGUUUACUUUACAAGGACAUCAAGACUGCGCCCACUGCGCCCUUUAUUCGCGAACCAAACGGCACCCGCAUCACUUUGCCACCCAACCCGCGCUAUACGAAGAACCUAGGCAGUGAUGUCCUAGUCCUGGACUUGGAAACAAGACCACUACCCUCUACCGAUGCAUACCGCAAGGGCGAAUACGACUGGAGAAACAUCAACCACGUUUCUGGCGGUGUUUUCAACCACUACACAUAUGCAUUGGUCCAUGGCUACGACUACAAGUUCAUUCAUGCAAGCGAAUUUGAAGACCGCCACGCUACUUGGAUCAAGCCAUCUGCGCUCGCAAACCACAUCAAGGACUACAAGUUCAUUGUUUUCCUCGACGCCGAUGCCGCAUUCCGCUUCUUGCACGUCCCAAUCGAGUGGAUGCUCAACUACUGGGACAUCCAGCCGCAACACUCUUUUGUAAUGGCAAAGGACCCUUGGACUGCCAAGGAACCACAGUACAACUCUGAUCGCUUCAACCGCACCUACACUAAUACUGGCUUCAUGAUUGUGCAAAACAAUGCAGACACCAUGCCUAUCCUCAAGGCAUGGCACGAGUGCCCUGACGACACGCGCUACGCAAACUGCUCGCAAUGGAAGCAGCCGCGCUUCCACGAACAAUCUGCUUUUGGCGAGUACAUCCGCUACGACUACGAGGACAACAUCAAAGAACUGGAAUGCGCCGAAGCAAACGGUUUCCCCGGCGUAGAAAUCAGCAACUGCCAGGGCAAGUUCAUCCGCCAUUACUGGUUCGACAAGAGCAACGUCAAGAUUGAUUUCCGCGAGAACAUCAUGAACGCCAUUACUCUUCCGAUACAAAAAGUCUUUGCGGAAAACGUCGGCGGUGUCAUACAAGAGCAGAAAGAGAACGUAAUAUUGUCAUAACAUCAUUCAGCCUCUGAAGACAGAACGAAGACGACAGGAGAAGCAAUGUUUAAUGACAUAGAAGGGUUUAUUGCAUAGCAUAGCGUUGCAUCAACGAGGCGUUCAUUUGGAGCUCUGGGAUUUACUUUUUUGGAUUUGGGCCGGGGGAGAAGGGUUUGGAGUGGCUUCGUAGUGCCAACCAGUGUCUCGACGUUUUUUUUUGCGCUUUUCCACCCCGGGUCUUCGGAUGCGAUGAUACCCAGCAAGUACAAGUUUUGAAAACCACUAAACAACUAUAAUCAACUUACCACUCUUUUUUCUACAAUCAGCAUCGUUGCGCC